AUGGAGACAGAGAGAGAAGAAGAGUCGAAUCCAGUUUUGCAGAAGGAGCCACCAAAAAUCCAUCGCCUAGACGAGUCCGUGGUCAAUCGAAUCGCGGCUGGUGAGGUGAUUCAGCGGCCAUUUUCGGCCGUGAAGGAGCUUGUGGAGAACAGUUUGGAUGCCGAUUCCACUUCCAUCAAUGUCGUCGUGAAGGACGGUGGUCUCAAACUCAUUCAAGUAUCAGAUGAUGGCCACGGCAUUCGAUACGAAGACUUGCCGAUACUGUGUGAGAGGCACACGACGUCGAAGUUGUCUAAAUACGAGGAUCUAUUUUCUAUUAAAUCUAUGGGUUUUCGAGGAGAGGCCUUGGCAAGUAUGACAUACGUUGGUCAUGUAACGGUAACCACCAUCACGCAAGGGCAGAUGCAUGGUUACAGGGUGUCUUACAGAGAUGGUCUGAUGGAGCAUGAACCCAAAGCAUGUGCUGCUGUUAAAGGAACCCAGAUAAUGGUGGAGAACUUGUUCUAUAACAUGAUUGCUCGGAGGAAGACACUAGUGAAUUCCGGUGAUGACUAUUCAAAAAUAGUGGACUUGCUGAGCCGCUUUGCAAUUCAUCACAAAGAUGUGAGCUUCUCUUGUAGAAAGCAUGGAGCUGCCAGAGCAGAUGUUUAUUCUGUUGCGACAUCAUCAAGGCUUGAUUCCAUUAGAAGUGUUUAUGGGGUUUCAGUUGCUCACAAUUUGAUCGAGAUAGAAAUUUCAGAUGAUGAUCCCUCUAGUUCCAUAUUUGAGAUGGAUGGUUUCGUAUCCAAUUCUAACUAUGUGGCCAAGAAAACAACAUUGGUGCUUUUUAUCAAUGACAGAUUGGUCGAAUGCACUGCCCUGAAGAGAGCUAUUGAAAUUGUUUAUGCUGCAACCUUACCCAAAGCAUCAAAACCUUUCAUUUAUAUGUCAAUCAAGUUGCCAUCUGAUCAUGUUGAUGUUAACGUGCACCCGACAAAGAAAGAGGUAAGCCUUUUAAAUCAGGAAGUUAUUAUUGAGAAGAUACAGGCAAGGAUAGAAUCAAAAUUGAGAAACUCAAAUGAGACGAGGACAUUCCAAGAGCAGGUUGUGGAACCCUCUUCAACUGCUCUUUCCACUGUAAGGAAGGAUUCACAUCUAAAUCCUUUGGUAUCUGGAAAAGCUUCUUCUGGACUGAAAUCUCAGAAAGUCCCAGUACAUAAAAUGGUAAGAACGGAUUCAUCAGAUCCAGCUGGUAGGUUGAAUGCCUACUUGCAAACCAAAGCUACUAAUCACCUUGGAAGGACUUCCAGUUUAAAUGCUGUAAGGUCUUCCAUUAGACAAAGAAGAAAUCCGAAAGAAACUGCAGAUCUUAGUAGUAUUCAGGAACUUAUAGAUGAUAUUGAUAGAAAUUAUCAUUCUGGUCUGCUGGACAUUGUAAGACAGUGUACGUAUGUUGGAAUGGCAGACGAUGUUUUUGCACUACUUCAGUAUAACACCCAUCUAUAUCUUGCUAAUGUGGUAAACUUAAGCAAAGAGCUUAUGUAUCAACAGGUUCUCAGGCGCUUCAAUCAUUUCAAUGCUAUACAACUAAGUGAUCCAGCUCCUGUCCAAGAACUGAUACAGUUAGCCCUGAAAGAGGAGGAUUUAGAUCCAGGAAACAAUGAGAAUGAUGACUUAAAAGAGAAAAUUGCUGAGAUGAAUACAGAACUUCUCAAGGAAAAGGCUGAGAUGCUAGAAGAGUAUUUCCAAAUUUAUAUUGACGGAAAUGGGCAAUUGUUGCGGCUGCCUGUCAUUCUUGAUCAAUAUGCUCCUGAUAUGGAUCGGGUUCCUGAGUUCAUGUUGUGUUUGGGCAAUGAUGUUGAUUGGGAGAACGAAAAAAAUUGCUUUCAAGCAAUUGCAGCUGCACUGGGAAAUUUUUAUGCCAUGCAUCCUCCUCUAAUGCCUGAUCCUUCAGGUGAUGGUUUGGAAUUUUACCGGAAGAGAAAAUCUGUCAGCAAUUCUCUAGACAGGAGAAAUUCCUCUAACGAUACAGGGGAUGCUAUUGAAAUUAAGGAUGAUAUUGAGCAUGAGCUACUGUCAGAGGCAGAGACUGCAUGGGCCCAGCGGGAAUGGUCAAUUCAACAUGUGCUGGUUCCAUCCAUGAGACUUUUUUUAAAACCACCAACUGCAAUGGCUACAAAUGGAACUUUUGUCCAGGUGGCUUCUUUGGAAAAGCUUUACAAGAUUUUUGAGAGAUGCUAAAAUGAAUAGUUUAAGUUCAAGGCUUCCAUUUGGACGGAAUUUGAUUUAGUCACAGUUUCCUUAUUUGCCUGCUUUUGUUAUCACUGGUCUGUUACUACACCCAGAAACAAGUUCUUGUAAAUCAAUCUUUCAUGUACUAUUAUUGAAGAUAACUGAAAUUGAGGCUUAAA